GUUUAGUAUACACUGGGAUUUGUGAUUAAAGCGGCGAGCUCUGAGUAUCGAAGCUAAUUAAAAAGUGCAAUAAAAUGGGUGGUUCGCAUUCAUAUCCUGGUUUGACUGAGGAUCUUCUAGAAGACUACACGAGUUUAACGUAUUUGAGUAAAGGGGAGAUAUUAUACUUAAUGAAAAAGUUUUAUUCAAUCGAUCCAGACAUGAUAAACAAUAAUUAUCACCACAGGUUUUCUAAAGAGGAGAUUAUAAAAAAGUUUCAUGUGCUGAAGAACAAUCCGUUCCAAGACCGAAUAUUCGCGGUAUUUUCGUCGGAGCGUGACGAUUGCUUUUCGUUUGAAGAUAUGAUCGACUUGUGUUCUGUAAUGAGCGCCGAAUGUUCCGCAGAAGUGAAGGCGACGUGGGCUUUCAGGAUAUUUGAUCUUGAUGAAGACAAUCAGAUAUCGGCGAAGGACAUCAGCCGGAUCGUGGACCGGCUCACUUGGAAUAUCAACGACAAUCGCGAUAAUUAUAUCGAUCGGGAAUCGAAACUCAAAAUUGCUAAUGUUAUAUUAAGCGAAAUUAACUUGGAUAACAGUGGAACUAUCGGAAUGAACGAAUUUAAACUUAUUAUGGCCAGGAUACCGGAAUUUACAUCGUCAUUCUAUUUUAGGCUGUAAAAUAUAUUUAAUGUAAUUAAGAACCAACUAAAACUGAUAUUUUUAUUUACUUUAUCGAGAUCAUUAUCUAAUCGGAGAUAAGUUCUGCAUUUACGUGAUAGCGAAAAAUCAAUGCCGUAUUAUUGUAGGUACAUAAUAAUAUGCGAUUGUACUCUUUUCUUAAAUAUAAUAUGUAUUUCUCUGUCU